ACCGAUGUGUGUCGUUUUUGAAAUAUAGUACAGGAAGAAUAAACUAGUAUUAUUACUCCAUUAAUGAGCUUCAUUGCUGCUUUUGUACCACACUUUUCAUGACUUAAUUAUUAGCCGCAAUUCAUUGGUAACUGUAGAAAAUCAUUCUUUAUGCAGAAAUCUUUAUUAUGACAUGACAUGAACUAUGCAGCACUUCCUAUGGGGGAAGUUGGUGCUGGUAUUAGUUGCUGUAGUUGCAGUGCUACAGGUGGUACACCUUAUAUUGUUGAGCAGAUUAGAAGCAAAACAUCAUCACAAUGAAGAUCAAGAUGUUCGUCCAAUUUCAUCUGGGAAUGAGGCGGAAGCAGCAUUUGCGUCUCUGGUACGUUCACUGCAUCAAGGAAGAGUGCUAGAUACAAGUGGAGAGUACCAACUUGUUCCAAAUCUUGCUCCUGGGACUCGACAACCACCACCCCGUUCUUCCAGCACUGUCCCAGAUAUUGCUCUAGUCAGCCAAUGUUCAUUCAACCAUUUGCACCAUAUUGUACCAAUGGUGCAACGGUGGCAGGGACCCAUCUCUGUGGCAGUAUUUGCUGAAGACCAUGAAUUAUCAGAAGCUCUGUGGCGAAUUGCAAGCUUGCGUCUCUGCUACUCAGCAGUUCGUCAUAAUGUUUCAUUCCAACUGGUUUCUCCACUACCUGCGGGAGGUCGUCCACCCCUUACUGUACCACCAGUCCCCUCUCCCCCAUGCCAGGUUCCUGUACCAGAAGCAUAUAAACAAAAGAACAAUUAUGCAGGAAAGAGACGCUUUCCUAACAACUUACUACGCAAUGUUGCCCGCCGUGGAACCUCAGCUGAAUUUGUUUUUGUAGUGGACAUUGACAUGCUGCCCAGCUUUAACCUUAGACAGGAUUUUUAUGAAUUUGCAGUGAAGAAUCAUCUUUUUAGUGAAACUCAUCAUGAAGACAAAACAGUAUAUGUGGUACCUGCAUUUGAGGCACGCGAGACUGCCACACCUCCACGCAUGAAAACAGAAUUAUUGAAACUUUCUGAUGGUGGAGAUAUACGUCCAUUUUACAUUGAACUUUGUUGGAAAUGUCAGGUACAUACAGACUAUGAAGCCUGGCAGAAAGAACCUCCUUCAUCAGGUCUUGCACCGCUCUUUGAAGUAUUGUGGAAAGACCCAUGGGAACCAUUUUAUAUCUCACGUAAUUCAAUCCCAUUUUAUGACGAGAGAUUCAAGCAAUAUGGUUUCAAUCGAAUCAGUCAGGUCUGUGAGCUGCAUGUUGCGGGCUUCAAGUUCUCUGUCCUUAACAAUGCGUUUCUUGUUCACCGUGGACUAAAGACUGUUACAUCAUUCCAUGAAACUAAAGACUUGGAUCAAGAAAGGAAUCGUCUGCUUUUUCGACAGUUUAAAACUGAACUCAGAGAAAAAUAUCCAGAAUCAUCCCGGAGGUGUUACUGAUAUUAGUGCUGUGGUUGUAGAUCUCUGACAUAAGAAACAAAAGUCUCACGAAAGUGUAUUUUGAAGUAUUCUCUUCAAAUGUUUGAUCAGAAGGAACUUUAAAUUACAGAAAUGAAACUUGUCAUUUUCUUAUUGUAUUGCACUGUUGUACUAUCUCUGUUUAAACAAUUUAAAUCAAAUCCCAAAGUUCUUAGUUUUAACAGUAGUUUUGUAUGUCAGUAUCUGUGCACAGAGUCCUGCGCCAUAGCCGCGCAGUCUGAGGUA